AUGCAGGCCGACGACCAGAAGCCGGCGUGGAAUGGCUACGGCAUCGGACAAGAACCUCGAGCCUCGUUCGGGAUUGGAGAGAAGCGACGGCUGUCCUAUGGAUACGAUCCGAAUCUUGACGCAUCAACAACCAACGAUGCGGUCUUUGGCGAUGUUUCGAAUGGACCCAACUAUCGUGCUGUGGGAUGGGCAGGCGCUGUCGUCCUCAUGUUGAAGACACAGAUUGGCCUCGGAGUGUUGGGUAUUCCUUUGGUCUUUGACACCGUUGGCAUGGUACCGGGUGUGAUUUGCCUCUGCGUGAUUGCUAUCAUGACCACCUGGUCAGACUACAUCGUGGGCGUCUUCAAGAUUAAUCAUCCAGAAGUAUACGGCAUAGAUGAUGUGGGGGGGUUGAUCGCGGGAAGACCAGGCUACAUUAUUAUGGGUACAGUAUUCUGCCUUUUCUGGAUCUUUGUUGCUGGAUCAGCCAUGGUCAGCAUUUCCAUCGCCCUCAACGCCCUGUCCCUCCACGGCGCCUGCACUGCGAUCUUCGUUGCUGUCGCCGCAAUCAUCGACUUCCUGUUCUCAAGUAUUCAAACACUGCAUCGCAUCUCUUGGCUGGCGUGGGUCGGAGUCGUUGGCAUCAUCUCUUCAAUCCUGGUCCUCACAAUCGCCGUUGGGUUGCAAGACCGUCCGGCUGAUGCACCACAGACGGGCAUAUUCCACUCCGACUACAAGAUUACUGCGAGUCCAACCCCGGCAAGCGCUUUCUCGGCCUUGUCGACACUGGUGUUUGCGUACGCAGGCACGCCAGCUUUCUUCUCGAUUGUCUCUGAGAUGCGUGAGCCACGACAGUACGGCCGCUCGAUGGCCAUUUGUCAGACCAUCGUCACAGUGCUGUAUCUGGCCAUUGGCAUUGUCGUAUACUACUACUGUGGGUCCUAUGUUGCGUCGCCCGCACUGGGAUCCGCUGGAACUCUGUUCAAACGGAUUUGUUACGGUCUUGCUUUGCCAGGGUUACUAGCCUCUAUGAUCCUACUCAGUCAUGUCCCAGCCAAGUACAUCUUUGUCCGCAUUCUCAAAGGUUCUCGACAUCUUAGCAGCAACACGCCGACUCACUGGAUUGUCUGGUUCUCAUGCACCUUGGCCAUCACCAUCGUAUCCUAUAUCCUUGCUGAGGCUAUACCUGUCUUCGGCGAGCUGGUGUCCUUUGCUGGUGCUGCCUUUGGGACUCUUCUCUGCCUUCAGCCGAUGGGUUUCAUGUGGCUUUACGACAACUGGAGUAGACCGAAUCGCGGCCUGACGUGGAGCUUAAUGGUAGCCUGGUGUGUAUUCAUCAUUGUCGGUGGCACAUUCCUCACCGUAGCCGGAACUUACGGGUCGAUCGUCGGCAUCAUCAACGCGCUGAACGAAGGAGACGGCACAAGUCCAUGGUCUUGCGCAGACAACUCAAAUUCGAGCUAG